AGGUUAAUGACACUUUUCUAUUACGUGGAGGACUUUAAUUUGAACACUAUCAAUUCCGUGACCCGGAAGUACUUCAGUGUUGCUGACGAGGUGCUGAUGGGUCGAUGUCAACUGGAUGAAAAUACAAGAUCUAUCGCUUCAAUACACUGGUGAGUUCGGGUGAGGAUGACGAUGACUCACGUGGGGGCAGUAGUUGGUGCAGUAACUGCAGUGAUGGCCAUCCUGCUGCACUCCUCCAUUCACAAGAUAGAGGAGGGACACCUAGCUGUUUACUACAGAGGAGGAGCUUUGCUAACUUCACCCAACGGCCCUGGAUACCACAUUAUGAUGCCCUUUCUUACCACCUACAGAUCAGUACAGACGACUCUUCAAACUGAUGAGAUAAAGAACGUGCCUUGUGGAACUAGUGGGGGAGUGAUGAUCUACUUUGACCGUAUAGAGGUGGUCAACAUGCUGGUGCCCUCAUCUGUGGUGGACACAGUGAAGAACUAUACAGCUGAUUAUGACAAAACUCUAAUUUUCAACAAGAUUCACCACGAACUCAACCAAUUCUGCAGCGUACACACUUUACAGGAGGUCUACAUUGAGCUGUUUGACAUCAUUGAUGAGAACCUGAAAAUCGCUCUGCAGAAAGACCUAAACUCUAUGGCGCCUGGACUGACGAUACAGGCUGUCCGAGUCACCAAGCCCAAAAUCCCAGAGGCCAUCAGGAGAAACUUUGAGCUCAUGGAGGGGGAGAAGACUCGUCUGUUGGUAACAGUUCAGACUCAGAAGGUUGUGGAGAAAGAAGCUGAGACUGAGAGGAAGAAAGCCGUCAUCGAGGCUCAGAAGGUGGCUGAAGUAGCACAGAUUCAUUUCCAACAGAAGGUGAUGGAGAAAGAGACUGAGAAGAGGAUCUCUGAAAUAGAGGACACUGCUUUCUUGGCAAAAAUGAAGGCCAGGGCUGAUGCAGAGUAUUAUACAGCCGCUAAGUUUGCUGAAGCUAACAGGUUGAAGUUAACACCCGAGUACCUUGAGUUGAUGAAGUACCAGGCGAUAGCAGCCAACAGUAAGAUCUACUUCGGCCAGGACAUCCCUAACAUGUUUGUCGAGGGACACAGCCCUACCCAGGACCCUGAGCCCCCGAAAGCCUCUGAACAGGCCAGACACUAAGAUCCGAGACUAGCUGUCUGUCUCUCUGUCAGUUGAAGGGUUUGAGGGACAAAGGAAUGUGUGAGGAGUCAUUCCCCUAAUUGGGGUGCGUAAAGGCUUUAGUUUUAAUUCUAUCGGCCAGAGAGGGGGAGGGAGAAGGGGGAUUGGUAAAGAAGGAUGGGGAGAGGAAGGAGUGAGCGAGAUGCAUGGAAAGAGAAA